AUGUUUCAAUUGGACUGUGGUCUUUUCAAGAGAAAUUCUACAUCUUUGCAUCAAGGACCACCAACGAAGAAGAGAAGAACAAAACAGAAAAUUGAAAUCAGUGAUCCAUCUUUGCAAAUCUUGGAAGAAUUUGCCAAAGAGGCAGACUUUGUCUACUCCAAGCGCAGUAAAUGGCAAGGUGAUGGCGAUCUGCAUUCGUUCUUGAAUGGUUUUGGUUCAAGUGCCUCUGCCAAGUUUCCUGCACACAUUCCUGCGCGUACAUUCAGUGAACUGUGGGAAGAAUUCAAGACAGAGCAUGAAUUUCCACCGGAAUUCCAACCAUCCUCUUUCACAGAUUUUGAAGAAGAGAAUAUCCAGCAACUGUUCUUGGAGAAGGCUAAAGGGCAAACAAUACCUUUCCUGGACAUGGCUCUGCGGAAUUGGUUGAAAGGGAUCGGGAAACCCGGACGCUCACACGAGGAACAAUGGAAGAAUUUUGCAUACGUGUUCGAUUCGCUUUCCAAUAAGAAAAACAAGAACAACAAAUUUACUUUGGAGAAAUUUUUGUCGGGGUUUGUUUCUAACAGGAAUUGUAAGCGUCAGCUUGCAAAAGAGCUUCGCAAAAACCUAAAACUUCAAAAGAAGCUAAAGUACAUUGCCCGAAGCUAUAUGCCGGAUGUCAACGAGUCAUGCGCGUUACUGCUGAAGGCGAAUAUGACCAAGGGCGCGUACAAUAUAUUCUGGGGUGAUGAUGGCCGAAUGCAUCGUCUCGCGGUUCCAUUCAAGAAAAUAGGAAAAUGCCGUGUGAUGAAGAAGCUUUUCUUGAAGCAAGCUUUGAAAGUUUUUCGAACCGAACAAGGAUGUCACGGAACAGACCUUUCCGAUUCUGUGAAAUUGAAGAUAGUGCAGAAGCAUUUGCAACACAAAAAGAAGUUGCUGUUGAUUUUCAACACAGACGCAACGGUUUUGGGGAAGUCACUUGGAUCGGACACAAAACACACUGAAGUAUCUAUCACAGUCCUCGCACCUCGAUCCGAAUGCGAUGACAGCGAAGAAUGGAAUGAAAUCGAAGCUUGUGUCAGGCGGGCCCUCGAUGCUGGGACCUUGAUGAUAUUACCUGUGGGUGACAACGCCAAGAAUAUGGACUUCAAUUUUUGGAAACCGUACGAGAACCCUAUCAUUUCGAUUCUGAAGAAUGGCAUCACGAUCGGAGACAACAAUAUCGAGAUUCAAGUAUUUUUCAGAGCAGACUUAGCAGGACACUAUGGAUUGCUCGAUCAUGGUGGAGUUCACGAUCGCAGCGGGAAGUUUUGUCUUCACUGUGAAGAGACAGCGCAAGCCAAGAAGGCAGGCAAAUUCAUUUUCCUUUCCGAGAUCCAGCAGCAGGAUUCUAUCUCUUUGCGCGAAUUCUGCAAACGUCAUCGCCUUUUCCCCUCCGACAUUGAAAUGUUGCAUGACAUUGUACGCAGUGCUUGCGGUAAUGGAGAUCUUGCUCUGGCAGAAAUGAUUGAAGGCAGUGAUUCGGGAGGGGGCGCACAUGUUGAACAGCUUUUGAGCAAAUGUCUGGAAGCGGGCAAUCAGCAGGAGUUGAGUACAUGCUUAGACAAUCCAGACAAGCCUCUUCCUAUUGGACUUGUUGUACCUUGUCUUCGUUUAUGUAAGAUUUCAAGAAAGUCUAGUCAUCUUCAACAAGCUGACUUCCCGAGUUUGCAUUUCCUCUACUGCGCACUUCAUUUGAGGUUAAGAUUUGUCAACUUGUUGGUGAACUAUAUUUAUGAAGUCGCUGCCAAUCAAGGCAAAGUGGCAGCGGUUAACAGAAUCUUGCAGUCGUUUCAAGUCAACAUGGAACUGAAAAAUGACAAAGAUCAACAAAGACAGUUGAGCGGAAAGAUGUGUAAACGGUUUAUGAACGCUUUACCGCAAAUCAUAGAUUUGCUGAUUUCGAAUGAGGUCACUCGUCAAGAGUGGAGAACUGCCCUUGAUGAAUGGGAUCAUGUCAUCACGGUGCUCUCGUGUCAGUACUACGACAAAAUUACUCGGGCAGAUGCAGAAGAGUUGCCGUCUAGAAUCCGGAGCUUUUGUGUAAAAAUUGUCAAAUUGAUCGGAGAUGUGAAGAGGCUGCAGUCGUUUUAUUUUCAUAGCCUCCUAAUUGGGCACAUCGGCGAACAAUUCGAGUAUCUAUACAAGGAGUUUGGAGUCCCCCUGGGACUUUUGAGCCUUUCUGCAAUCGAAAAGCGACACGAAACAAUGGGAAGACGAUGCUACAAGAAAGCUAUAGCAGAGAUCAAUUUGUACAUGAGUGGAAAGAGUACUUCCGAUUUGCAUCCCGAUGGACAACCCGAUUCUAAGGCCUCACGAUCGUUUUACACUCUAAUGAAUCUGCUCUUACAAUCAUACAACGAUGAGACUGCUGAAGCUCUAUUUCAGCACACAGUUCAGAACGUUGAUUUAGCAGCGUUAAGAAGAAGUUUGGAUGAAUAA